UCAAUAUCAAAAUGUUGUUCGAGGUGUUCGUUGGUGUAGUUUCUUUCCUUAUUUUUUGCUURAUGAUUGAUUUUUAUAACAGAAAAACGUUAAAAUUAGAUGGAAAACAUGCUCUUAUUACAGGAGGAUCUAGUGGUAUUGGAAAGUCUUUAGCUGUCGAGCUUGCUAAACAAGGUGCAAACAUAACAAUUGUAGCAAGAAAUGAGGAGAGAUUACAGAAGGCUAAAGAUGAAGUGUCAAAGCAUCUUAAGGAUGGAAGAAAGGUUCAGUCGUUUUCUGUGGAUCUGAGCAGUAACAUCAAAGGAGUGGAAGAAAUGAUCACAAAGGCGUGCUCUGGUUUUGGACCUGUAGAUUUCCUAUUUAACUGCGCAGGUUAUGCAAUCUGUGGAAGAUUUGAAGAUCUUGAGAUAGAUGAUUUUAAGAGAAUGAUGGAUACCAAUUAUUUUGGCAGUGUGUAUCCUACACAUGUUGUAAUUAAAAGUAUGAAAGAACGUAAUCAAGGACAUGUGGUGUUUGUUUCAUCCAUGGGAGGACAGCUUGGUAUUUUUGGUCUAAGUGCAUAUUCUGCUUCUAAGUUUGCUAUUAGAGGAUUUGCUGAAUGUUUGCUGAAGGAGGUAAAACCAUAUAAUGUUGGAGUCUCUGUGGUCUUUCCUCCUGAUACAGAUACACCUGGCUUUGAAAAUGAAAAUAAAAAUAAACCAGAAGAAACUCAUCUGAUAUGCAGCUCUGGUGGCUUAUUUAAACCUGAAUACGUAGCACAGACAAUAAUUAAAGGAGUACAGACUGGUCAGUUUUUAGUAACRUGUGGUUUGGAUGGCUGGGCAUUAAGUACAGUUACAUCAGGAGCUGCUCCAUUUUCAUCUUACAUUGAAGUAAUCACCCAGUCUUUAGUGAUGGGCUUGCUGCGUUUGGUGAUGGCAKKUUAUUCAGUUGACCAYGAUAGAAUUGCCAGAGAAGGACGGUUGAAAAGGGAAUUGUCAAAAUAAUAAUUUUAUUGUAAAGAAUCCUGUAAAUCAAUUUGAUUAUGAUGGAAUGUGUUUGUGUAUAARCAAGAAUUACAAAAACUUCUCACGACUACAUUCAUACUAAGAAAUAUAAAACAGCGUGCGUGUCUCUGUCCUCUCAUAUAAACACGAUGGGAGUUUGAAAAACACUAGAGAAGCAAGCUAAGGAACACGAGCGCAGCGAGAGUGCUAAGACAUUUACUGUACUAUAUAGAAAAAAAUAACUGUCUGAAACAAAUUCCUAACAAUCUUUUGC